AUGAAACGACGGGAACGAAAACAUGAUCAUCAAGAAUUAUUUUGCAUUGGUGGUACUAUGGCUGAUAUUUAUCCAGGAUCUGAUUGGAGUUUUGUCUAUGGUUUAGCAUCAGUCGACGAUGGUUUAAUACAAGGUGAUGAUCGUGUUUUUAAAGUUGAAAAUUACCAAAGAAGGUCAAAAAUUCUCUAUUUUUAUACAAUAUAA